GUAAAAGAGUCAAAGUGCGUCAUGGCGGGCGAGGCGGGCGGUUUGGCUUGAAUGCUUGAAUUGAGCAUUGUUCUUCGCUCUUGAAAAUACCUAUAUUCCCACAGAUUAUUGGUCUCGAAAGAACUCUUAUUAAUUCAGCGGGACACAUGAACAGUAGUACUGAAGUUUAAGAAAAGUUGGAGCUCGUAGAAGUUACCGGGUUCAGCAUAAUGGAUUCCGGUAUCGCUUCUAGAGAGGGUCAAAAUGAAAAUAUCGAAGGCAACAAGGUAUCGUCACAUCACUGGAUCAAACCCAACGAAGUGCUCCGCCUGCGCAGAGUUGGCAAACGUCGCCUUCAGCCCAGGGCUCUACAACCGGUCGACAUCAACGCGGCGGUUGCCGUGAACACCCUCCGUACUUCAGAAAGUAACGUCAUCAACCCAUUUCGUUGUAGAGCACAAAAGCGUCUACUUCCAGACGACUCUGACCAAUUUCUAGGAAGGACGUACAAGCCGGAUGCCAAGCAGCAGAAGUUGGUCAUCUCUAGAGUUGCAGUUGAUACCUACGAUGACGAAACGCAGCAUUCAGAUACCACACUGAGUCAGUCAAGCACUGCGCAGGAAGGUCACCAUCCCCAGCUCCCUUUAGACUGGACACUGAAGACACGAGUUCGUUUCUUCUCAGCCAAACCUUUUCCCUGGAACGGCAGCCUCAAGACCUGUGAGGAAGCGAGUGGCACAACAGGAUUUGUGCGAGCAAUUGACACUGAUUCUGCCACAUCUGAGGCAUGCACCUUGGACAGUAGUCCACAAGCACGUUUUCACCAGCAAUGCCUGUACUGGAUGCACCCCCACCUACCAUGGCUACGGCUGUUCCCAAGACAGGGCGCCCAGACUCCCCUCGCCUCUCCACAGUUGCCAACAUUUGUUGAUGGACCCGCUCAGAUAUCUCUGCGCAAUGAUUGGAGCCACAGCUUCCGUUCCUUAUACCAGUUACUGAGGGCCAGGCAGUGCCCCUUUUUCUACCUCUGUGCUCCACAGUUCACCACCCUCUUCAGGGCUGCAGGCGUCGGGGGCAUCGCUGACUUGCACGCCCUCCUUACACCUACCACACGGGGCCUGAGGCAAUCGCUACAGGAAGAAGGUAUCCAAUAUCGUAUGCCCCUUUGUGACAGUCAGGAGGAUUCGGACGAAACGCUGGAUGGCCAACAACACGCCCCUACAGAUGCUGAGAGAAAACUUGAAUGUACUCCAGAAGAUGAGCCUGUGUCGUGGUUGGAGAGCCUUGGACUUAGCCAAGCUGACUUCCCGUCGCUCAGUACCAAACAGAGCAGAAUGGAGCAGGAGAGCAAAGAAGAUCGUAGGCCACGUUCGCUCGUUUAUGUGGAACGUGAAAAUGCGCAAGCUCUCUUCAACUUUCUUCUCAACAGCCGCUCGUGUAUUGCGCCAACAGGGCCCCUUGCAGGGAUACCGCCAACUUUACUGGCACCUGUUGCCUUUCAUGGAGCUUCUCUGCGGAGUCUGAAGGUUCGUCAAGGCUUAGUGAAGCAAGGAACCAAUAACCUGCAUGCCAUUGAACUUAAUGGGCCCAUGCUCCCUAGCCACAUGCACGGUCUUUGCACCCUGUUCAGUAGCACUCAGGAAGGGGGUGCGUUCACAGUGAACACAACGCCCCACCAACCGACAGCAGCCUUCAAUGCUUUCCACCCACCACGGAACUAUAGUCCACCGACAGUGUUUGCCACAGAGGCCCUCAAGGACUGUGGCCUUCCAAAACAGAUGGUGCAACAGCUCUGUGCAAAACCAUCUGGCCCACAGCCCACACUAACACACAUCAAAGCAGAAAAUGGAUCAUACGAUCUCCCUCUAGUCUAGCUCUGCGUAAUGUGUGUGGUGGUUCAUUGAAACUGGUAUUGUGCCCUGCAGCGUAUGCAAACACGUUCUGUACUGCAGUAAUUUGCAUGCGAGGUUUGUCAUGCGAUGCAAUGGUAUCAUUUGAAGUGCAGUCACAGACAGUCUACGGUGUAUGAUUUGUUGUUGGGUAGACAUCAUUUGGUAGACACCCCUGUGAAUGUAGGGGUGCAUUAAUUGUUUACAAAACACAAGAUAAUGGAGGAACAUAAUUAAUUAUGCUGCUUUUAUGUUCUCAGGUGUCAGGAAUCAUGUACCUAAUGCUUCACUGUUGCUGGAUUUUAGAGUGUAGAUAGCAUGAAACAUUUGUAUACUCUACUCUUCAUGCAUCAACCCAUAGUGAGUGUCCAUCUGUCAUAAGUGCUUGUCUGCCAUCUUCACAUAUUACUUCAUUUCAUAUGUAUCAUGGCUGCCUCAUUUGCUUAUGGUCAACAUCUCUUCCACUUUAAAUGUUAUCAGCAAGAUAUUAGAUAAAAUGCUGAUGUUCUUAUUGCUUUGUUUUCACGGAUCGAUUCGUAUCCAUUUCAUACACAUGUAUAGCAUCUACGGGGUAAUAUGGUUCAGUAUUUUACCAAUGUCAUGUUUAUGUAUUGUAAUUGUGUGAGAAUUUUAUCGCAUGGGUCAUGUCAUCCUGGAAAAAUGACGCAGGCCUCCUGGUACAAAUUCAACAUGAUUAAAGGCAGUGCAUCCUGAAAA